AUGGAGAGACAAAGCGGUGGAUCAUAUCGCUUGAGAAAAAGUACCUCAGCAUGGUCUAUAACCGCUAAAACUUACUCUGACGUUUGUAAUGAAGUUGGAAAUGUACUUGAACAAUAUAUUGAUCUCUUCCAUGAAUAUUGCAGUAAGUGCCUUGAACUUCCACUUUACAAGCCAGCUACUAAUCAUUCUUUCACCAGCAAAACUUUCCAGCUUAAAAUACCUUCCACAAGAAUAUAUCGUUCUUCUGAGAGACCUUUUCUCUUGUUGUACAAUCUAUCUGUGGAUGAUUCUCAAAAUGCUGGAAUAACAGACACUCAUCACCUUGAGGAAAUUUUACAUUCAACAGAACCUAUUGCUAUAAUUCUAGGAACCUCUGGUUCAGGAAAAACAAGGACUUUGAUUGAAUUUUUAUGUAAAACAUAUGGGUUUUAUUAUGUUGCAACUGUGGCAAAUCGAUAUAAUCCUGGAUCAAUAGACAUGGCAUAUAUGAUUGAGAAUCUGCAAUCAAGAAUGAAAGAUAAACCAUCAGUUGACAACACAAUCUAUGCAACAAGAUAUAGCAAAUGUUUAUUGAUGGCACGAGUCUAUUUGCUUCAUUUUAUUUUUUCCGAAAUUGGGCAUAUAAGUUCAUAUAAUUGGACAAUCUUGCAGUUAUUUCCCGAGUAUUAUUUUAAAGAAAUUGACCUAUUCAAUGAACUAAACAUCAUGUUUCGUGCACUCUCUGAAAGUGACUUGGACAAGAACUUGCAUAAACUGAUCAAUGGUUUACUGAAACAUGUAGACCAGGUCCGAUUGCCUGUAAUAAUUGAUGAAGCUGCCCAACUUAUUUCUUCAAUUGGAAAUGUGUUUACUUCCUAUAAUACUGAUGAUUUAACUGGAAAAUCAUUCUAUACAGUUAUAACAAGAACAUACUCUAUGAUACCUAGACUCUGUAUCUUACCUGCAGGGACUGGUCUCAGCAUGAGAACAGCAAAAACAUUUACUGGAUCUCAUCUAUUCAAAGUUUUAAAGAAAGCAACAACAUGGGGGAAUAUUGGAUAUGAUCUUUUGAAUAUGAAAAAUGGAGGUAGAGCCAGAGAAAUUGAUGGUUUAGAUAUAAUGGACUUAGUUGAACGAGUUGUUUUAAAACAUUGGUACACUGGUCUAGAAGCAACUUUUAUUCGAGAUGAUGCAUUACAAUUAUUUGAGAUUGGAGUUGCAAGGUUAAGAAGAACAGAUAAAUUACAGGGUGUUGUCAAUGAACCAUUGAUAGUUGCAUCAGCAUUAUCCUUUUUCAAAAAAUAUUGCAAUUUUUCAGAAUAUAUCUUGAAUAAAAUGGUAGAUUUAGACUACAAUCCUAGUACUAUAGGAUUUCUGUGGGAACAGCUUAUUCCAGAUGCAUUGGAGAAAUUAUUUGAUGGUAAGAAAACUUGUCAAAUUUUCAAGAAGAGACUACCAUCAGAUAUUUGGCACAUUGCAAAUUUAUUUUCUAAUAAGACUUCUUCCAAUGUCCGAGUUCAACAUUCAACAUCUGAUUAUAAGCUCCCUGACUUCUUGAAACAGCCUAUUUCACCAUUUUUUCUUGCAGAAACAAAUGCUGGACCUGAUAUAGUCACACGAGUUGAAUCACCAGAACUUGAGAAAAAAAUAUAUGCUGUUUUUAGCCAAGCAAAAUUAUGGCAAAAAAUUGAUAAUAAAGAAAAAGUUUUAUCAACAACAGAUUGUACUGGAAUCUCAACUGGAAAUGAUUGCCUCAAUGAUAUUUUUGAUGCACUCAUUGUUAUUCCUGUAGCAAACAUAGAUGUUAAAGAAGCACUCAUGGAUAUCAUUAAAGCAUCCAUUGAUAAUAAUGUUAGGUUUAAAGAGUUAGAAAAUGAUGAUAGAGAGUAUGAUGAAAGUUAUCGGGGGAAUAAAGAAAGAUUGCUCGAGUAUGAAGAAAGAUUGUGGGAGUAUGUAAAAAGAUUUCUGGAUUUAAAGUUAGAAAAUGAUGAUAGAGAGUAUGAUGAAAGUUAUCAGGAGGACAAAGAAACCAAGGUUACAACUGAUAUUAUCACAUUGACAAGACAUGUUCUUGAUGAACAACGUAAAUAUAAAGAUGCAAGUGGUGAUUUGACCACCCUGUUAAAUGCGAUUCAACUUGGUUGUAAAUUUGUAGCUACUAACGUUAGAAAAGCUAGACUUUUAAAUUUAGUUGGACUUGCAGGUGGUGCAACAAAUAUUUCGGGCGAUGAACAAAAAAAAUUAGAUGUGAUUUCCAAUGAGAUUUUUGUUAAUGCACUUUGCUCAUCCGGUAAAGUUGCUGUGAUGGUUUCGGAAGAGGAUGAACAAGCAAUUAUCGUUGAGGAAGGAUUACGUGGAAAAUAUUGCGUUGUUUUUGAUCCACUAGAUGGAUCUUCUAAUAUUGAUGCUGGUGUAAACGUUGGUACAAUUUUUGGUAUUUAUAAAAUGUGCGAAGGAUCUACCGGAAGUAUUUCAGAUGUUCUUAGACCAGGUUCUGACAUGGUUAUUGCUGGUUAUUGUAUGUAUGGUAGUUCUGCUAAUAUGGUCAUUACACUUGGUAACGGAGUUAAUGGUUAUACACUUGAUAAUAUCAGAAUUCCAUCUCGUGGAAAGAUAUAUUCAGUAAAUGAGGGAAAUGAAAAAUAUUGGUAUGAACCAUGUAAGAAAUAUUUCAAUUCACUCAAAUAUCCACCAGAAGGUAAAAAUCCUUACUCAGCUCGUUACAUUGGUUCAAUGGUUGCCGAUGUUCAUCGUACAUUGUUAUAUGGUGGAAUUUUUGCAUACCCAGCUGACAAAAAAUCAAAAAAUGGUAAACUUCGUAUCUUGUAUGAAUGUUUCCCAAUGGCCUUUUUAACUGAACAAGCUGGUGGCAAAGCUAUAGAUGGUAAAAAACGAGUGCUUGAUCUUGUACCAGGAUCUAUUCAUUCCAGAUGUCCUAUUUUCUUGGGCAGUAAAGAUGAUAUUGAAGAUGUAGAAAAAUUUUAUGCUGAUUUCAACAUUACAUGUUUAACAGAACAAACAUCACAUCAUCCACCAGUUUCAGCUUUUUGUUAUCAUAGUGAAGAUAAAGGAAUAACUGCUCAUGGAGUAGAUCAACUUUCGGCAAGAUUUACCAGAACUUCUGUAAAAAUUGGACCAGAUUGGUUAAAAGCUUCACUAUAUGUAGUUGUUGCUGGAAGCUGCAUUAUAACUUGUCCAAAGACAAAAUUGAAAGCAAUAUUAGAAUAUAAAGAAGAG